AUGGGGGCGGAUCGAGCUCUGGCAGCGGUGGGUCCAUCUGUAGUGGAGGCUCAGGGUACGGAGGAGGAGGAAGCUCUGGCAGUGGAGGCUCCAUUGCUGGAGGGGGCAAAAGCUCUGGUGGAUGGGGGUCCAGCUCAGGCAGCGCAGGCUCCACCUGUGGAGGAGGAGGAGGAAGCUCAGCAUCCUCCCUCCAUCACCUCUGCCAGCAUGAGCCAGCAGCUGUCAGCUGGGAGGUCGUUUCAUGGAAGAAAGUUCUUCUCGUCAUCUUCUGCUGUGAGCAGCAUGAGCCGCUGCCGGACCAGCGCCUUCCCCUCUGCGGCACUAUUUGGAAGAGGUUACGGAGCCUGGAGCCACAGCAGCCAAAGCCCCCAAAACACAGAUGGGUGUCAAUGCAUUUCUUCUGGCCGAAGCCUCGCACAAGGGGUGUGGGGAGGCUGGGGGUGCAGGGGCGUCCAUGCCAACAGUGAAGGUGGGAGUCCUGGGUUAGGCUUCCACGGCAGGAGCUGCAGAAGUGAAGGUAUUCGUGCCGUGCUCGUGAAUGAGAGCCUGCUGCAGCCUCUCGAGGUGAAGAUCGACCCUGAAAUCCAGCACAUCCGAAAGCAGGAGAGAGAGCAGAUGAAGAGCCUCAAUAACCAGUUUGCCUCUUUGAUUGACAAGGUCCAGCAUCUGGAGCAGCAGAACAGGGUGUUGGCCACCAAAUGGGACCUACUCCAAAAGCAGGUCCUGCCAUCCCGUAAGAACAUCAAGCACAUCUUCGACAACUUCAUCUGCAGCCUGCAGAGGCGGCUGGACUCAUUGCUGCACAAGAAGGGGCAGAUGGAGCCUGAGUUGAUCGACACGGAGAAGCUUGUUGAAGAGUUCAGAUGCAAAUACCAGCAGGAAGGGAACAGACACACAGCUGCCGAGAACGAGUUCGUGCUACUGAAGAAGGAUGCAGACUGUGUCUAUUUGGCCAAGGCAGAGCUGGAAGCAAAGGUGGAAACCCUAAAGCAGGAGACAGAGUUCCUGAAAUGUGUUUCUGCUCAGGAAAUCGCUGAGCUGGAGGGAGGUCCCUGUGACACCUCUGUCAUCGUGAAGAUGGACAACAGCCGAGGCCUGGAAAUGGAGGGUGUCCUCAGGAGCGUUGCGUGCUGGUACGAGGAUGUAGCUCAGAAAAGCAAAGCAGAGCUGGAUGCCUUGUACAGAACCAGGUUCCAAGAGCUUGAGGAGGCAAAGGGGAGAUGUUGCAAUGAACUGAAGUCCCACCAGCAAGAGACUGAAGAGCUGGGUUUUGCGAUCCAGAGAAGACAGUGUGACCUUGAAAAUGUGAAGAAGCAGGUGUCCUCUCUGCAAACAUCGGUGUGUGAUACUGAGCAGCGCGGGGACUGUGCCCUGAAAGAUGCCCGGGAGAAGCACGCUGAGCUGCAGAAUGCCCUCCAGAAGGCCAAGGACGAGCUGGCUCGCAUGCUGCGGGGUUACCAGGAGCUGCUGAAUGUCAAGCUGGCCCUGGAUAUCGAGAUUGCGACGUAUAAGACUCUACUGGAGGGUGAGGAGAGCAGGAUAUGCCUUGGGAGCCCUGUGAAAGUGUGUAAGUAA